UGAUUGGAGGAUUUCAUUUUAGCCUCUAUUUUCUAUGACAAAAAAAUCUUUUCCUAUGCCAUGACUUACCAAAGAUGAAAAAUCAAAUAAUUUUCCAUUUUCUAAAAACCUCUGUUCCUCCUCCCUUUACCCUCCUAACUCAUCCGACGCUCCUUGUCUCAGCAAUCGAAAACGUUGGUAAUCUGAAUUUUGAAGCUUUGGUGGGUAAUUUUUCUUAAGGAAGUUGGUUUAAUUCCACGAACAGGAGCAGAGGCCUGUGAAGAUAUUUGAUGAUGCGUAGAGAAUCAGACAGAGCCCACUUGUGGUGACCACAAAUUCUCCGUUAGAAUUAGCCAGUGCUUGGUCCUGCAGUCUACGGCCACCGACAUGACUACAUCAGAGGAUGAGGACGAGAUUUUGGCUCAUUUCCUUGAAUCGGAGGUGCUCUCCGAGGUUUCAGACCAGGAGGAGGAGGAUAAAAUGAAAAAUGAGUCCAAAGCAAAGAGAAUGCGAGUAGCAGAGGAUAAGACUGAGGAAGACCCUAAAUUUCAUAAAAACCCAGAAGACAGAGGAGCCUCGUCCUCAUCUUCUUCAAGGAUUGAGACUGGCAUUUUCUGCAAAAUCCCUCCUGAACUCUUCCCUCACAUCCUCAAGUUCCUCUCUUCUGAGGAUCUUAUUGCUUGCUCUCUCGUCUGUAGAUUUCUGAAUUACGCUGCAUCGGAUGAAUCCUUAUGGCGCCGCUUGUAUUGUAUGCGAUGGGGUCUUUUACCUCCUACUAGAAAGUUACGUGAAUGUCCUUGGAAAAAACUUUAUAUUCAGCGUGAUGAGGAGGACAUGGUAGAACUUGUUAGGAAUUGCUCACUUGAGUUCAAGGAAUACUAUAUACAAAUGCAAGCUGCCAAAAGAAGCCAAGCACCUCUUCCUUCACAGGUGAAUGACGAUGGGAUAAUUCUUGACAGGACAGUAGCUGAUCAAGUGUCUAUGUGGAAAAGUAGUAAAGGCCUGACUGAUAAGGUUGUAGCUGAUCAUGCUUGUUCUGGUGAAAUCUGUACUUACUACCAAAUUGGAGAUGUAUUUGUUUGUGAGAAGACUGGGCAGGUUCAUGUAUGUGAUGAUAACUGCAGAGAAGUUGUUAUGGAUCCAACCAAUGAGCUUUGGGUCUGUACAAUAUCUGGGCACUGUUUUGAUAGGCUACUAUCACCAGCAGAAAUGGAGCCAGAUUCUGAACUGCAACAAGGGGGUGCGACAGAUGAGGCAGAACCAUUCAUGGGAUCUGGUCGCUUUGCAAGAGCUUAUCUGUUGGGAUACAAUUGUGCUGAUGAAAAAGAGCUAGAGGAUGCUUUGAGGUUUUGUUGAAGAAAUAUAAGGUCCCAUCCAUCUAGGUGGAUGCCUUUUAUGCGGCAUAUGCAUAAGUUGCAGCAAAUCUUAUUCAGUGUAGUAGUGCUAUUGUAUUGUCCUGGGCCUCGCUGGUGUAACUUGAAUCAGAAUACAUAUGACGUGUUCCUAUGCUUUUUUUUCUUUGUAUUCAUAUUCCCAUGGACACCCAACCCAAGAAUUAUCUAUGACUAUGGGCAUCAUCCAAUUCCUUUUAAAAAUGAAAAUAUAAGAGGAUGGAUGUA